AUGCACUUGCCUUGCCCAAGAGCUGAUGAACCUGUGAAAUCAGGCCCAUUCACAUAUGGCGGAAAGGGCAUCACAAAUGCCUCGUCUAGUCGGGUCAGGGCUGCAACAAAACCAUGGGUUACAGCUCAAUUGCAGCUUUAUGAAAUUCCAUUUCAAAAAUCAAGCCCUGCUGCUCAGUUGAAGGCCACCCUUGAAACUGCUGUCAAGACCGGAAAGUGCAAUAGUAUCGCACCAUCCGUCGCCAGCAUUGAGGAACUUUCACGAGAGAAGUGCCAAGAACAACUGAACAACCAUGACGAAGUUGUCAAAAAAUGGCGAGCAGCCGAGUUCUCCAAGUUGAAAUCCCCCUCUGACGAGGCUUACUUUGACCCAUCUCUAUUUAUAGCCAAAUACUCCUUAGAAAGCUUGGAUGGGCCGCCAGAUAUGGGAAAGCAAAAUAAUGCCUUGAUUUUGAAAAAAGUAUCUGGCAGGGCUUUCGAAAUGGCCGUGCAAAGGAUCCCGGGCCUGGUGGCGCGCAUUACAAGAGACCUUACCGUGAUUGGCUGGGAGAACAGCAUCGAACGAGGACUCGAUUCAGCAUUUGCGACUAUAUCCUCAGAUUGCCAGUUCGAUAUUCGUACCACCGAGUCUAAUUUCGACUUCGAUCGCUUCAUGGCAAAAUUCUUCCUGGAUGGCCUGAACGGGAAGCCUAACCCCCGAAAGUACUCUGAACCCAUCGACCUAUACCCGUUUUUGGAUCAAAAUCAGAAACUCGAAGCCGCAGCUGCAUCGAUUCCGGGUCUCAAAGUUUGCCGUGUCAAAGGGAGAUCUUCGUUGACCUUCACAAUUGUUGGCUGGGACUCGUAUAAACUCGUCUUGAAAAAGAAGGAGUUCGAGGAGGAGAGGGCACGAGAAGAGGCUGAGGAAGCCGCUGAAAAGAAAACAGAAAUGGAAGAACGGUGGCAAGAAACUCUUAAACCCAUUAUGAAUAUAUGA